AUGCCCCCCUUGGCCGCCAUUGAAGAAUGCCCUGAUUCAACGGAGCUGAUCAAGGACCUCCGAGAUGAAGAGACGGACCUCGAUUCGCAGCUCACGGAUGAUAAAGAGAAUGUCAAUCCAGUGGAAAACGGGAAUGUUGCUGAAUCGAAGCCUCCUUCGUCGGAGAUCGAUGCGACGUCGUUUAGGCGGCCGGAUUUGUACUCGGAGAGCCUCUUCGAUCCAAAUCUCCUCGCGGCGUUCGAGCAGGCGGUGAUGGAGGGCAAGGGAACGGGGAGCUUCGGAAAGAGGAGAAACAAGACACACACACUGUGUGUGAGGUGCGGCCGCCGCAGCUUCCACCUCCAGAAGAGUCGCUGCUCCGCCUGUGCUUAUCCUGCUGCUCGCAAGAGGACAUACAACUGGAGUGUGAAGGCUAUUCGCCGAAAGACGACUGGCACUGGGCGGAUGAGGUAUCUCCGCAACGUGCCCCGCAGAUUCAAGACCAACUUCAGAGAAGGUACUGAGGCUGCACCGAGGAAGAAGGCUGUUGCCGCGUCUGCUUAAGUGCUGGAGAUCGCUGUUGAUUGGAGUUUCUUUUGGUAUUUUUAUAGACUAGAGAGCAAAUGAAUUUUGAAAGAUGUCUGAAUUUUGAGAUACUUAGUUUCAUGCUAAUUAUGUUGAUGUACUUUGUUUUGAAUUUUAAUACAUAUGGAUGAAAGACCAAUCUUGUUUGUUUGCCUUGA